GUGUGCUCCUUCCUACAGUACAUGAUACUGUACGCUGCCAGCAGCUGUUGCACUGUUGCUUAGAGUGUUGACCAGCAUGGGUCAGUGGAAACUUUGGUUUGUGCUGCUCCUGCAGCUCACUGUUUCUGUCGACAGGAAAGAGACAGGGCAGCAACUUGUGAAAACCAUCGGGACAGAACCAGAUGUGACUCCAAUUUGCACCAAUGCAACACAGCAUGUCAUCAUUCUUAUAGUGUGUUGGAUCAGAACAGAAAGGAGCAGAGAGGAGUGUCGUCUGCUGUAUCGACAUGGAGAGGAGUUUGUGCACAAAUGUGACUCCAGAUUCACUCUUCUGGAAAGGAAUCAGACUGUGUUUCUCCAUGUGACUAGUUUAACACCAGCGGAUAGUGGGAACUACACCUGCCAGUGUUCACAUACUGAUGGAACAGAUACUCUCCGUAUGAAUAUCACUGUGGAAGAAGAUGAAGCCAUCAGCAGCCCUACACAAAUACCUCUCCAUCAUGCUGUAAUUAUUGGUGGUCCAGUAUCUAUGUUCGUCAUUAUAACUGGAGUUAUUAUGGGAUUUAUCUGCAGAAAAUAUACACACAGAGGACGAUCAGAACCACUGGGCACUGUUGUGCAGGAGCCAGAGGAAAUUGAGCCAUACAGCUCCUACCUACAGAGAGAGAACGACAUUUACUCACUUGUCACACUACCGAAUUCAGUGUGCCCACUCAAUAUGACACAAAUUUAAGGGUGCUUCUGUAGAGUUUUAAUUGUACAAUAUGUACUCUGAUGUGAUGCAUGUAUUGCAACUGAAUUGCAACUGAAACAUGGCUUAUUUGCAUUCCCUCCUCUUUUUGCAUUUCAUCCUUAAACCAAGCUUUUUUUUAAAUUGUAUUCCUUUUGUAAGUUCAAUGUUUGAAAGCUCCAGUAUAUGUACGAUUAAGGGGGAUUUAGUAGCAUCUAUAGCAGUGAGGAGUGCAGAUUGCAACCA